CGAGAUAUCCGACAUAGAGUAUCGAGAGAAUGCUGGCGAAUUGAUUUCCGGUAAGAUGGAGAUCUUGUUCGAACCCAUGCAACCUCGCAGCACUCGCAUUAUUUCGGUCAAUAUCUUUUAGCACAUAGAUCAGGACCAAGAUGGACAUUCGUUUGUCGAGUUUGAGCAGGAGUUGGCUCUCUAGUUCUGUCGUUCCUGCUGUGUCUUCUAUAUGAGUCUCUAGAAAGAAAGCCGUUCUAUCAAGGAGUGGCUGGUCGGGUCGGUCGUCGUCGCGGUCCAUGGCAAAGAGUGUUCAAGGAACAGUGCCACCGGUACUGAUCCACUUUAUCCUGACAUGAUCAUGACGUGAUCCGGGGAGUCGUCCCAGUUCAUCCCCAGCGCACAUAACGAGCCUCGAAGGCUCGUAAUCCUGGGUCAGAACUAGUGGCAGCUCUUAUCAUCGUCGAUGGCAGCUGCGGAAUCGCCCUACCACCGCGUGGUCUCGCCUCUGCUCAAGGAGUGGAUUUAUCCAGAAUCCUCUCAUGAACACUCGACGCCUGUGGGACUGCUGGCCUGUCAGCGCGAUCCUCUGCUCCGCCAACUGGAUGCGACCGUCGUCUUCAGCUCCAUUUCUAGCCCACCCCCACCGGCCAAGGGAAAGCAGACCAAGAAAGCCGUCGUAUCGCCCACAAUCGGGCCCGAUGCUAUCUGCCUCGAAGUCUGCCUGAAUGAUACAGUGAUCUUUCCUGAAGGAGGUGGCCAGCCCACGGACACAGGCAAACUUACGACAUCGGAUGGUGUCAAAUGGUCGGUGCUGCAAGCCAAGAGACACGGUGGCCAGGCCAUCCACUAUGUUCACGUGCCCAACGGGAACACAGAGGACGCCUUACGGACGUUCUGUGCAGGGGCCAAGGUUCGGGUGGAGCUGGAUGAUAUGGACUUCGAUAGACGAUACGACCAUAUGUCGCUCCACACGUCUCAACAUCUACUCUCUGCCCUGCUCGAGAUGCACCUCCAAUUGCCUACGCUAUCGUGGUCUCUGACGAACUAUCCUGCUCCAUGCUAUGUCGAGAUUCCGAGGGGCAUCUCAGUGGAGGAAAUCACUAUGAUACAGAAGGAGGCCAACCGCCUUGUGGUAGAGGGCCGAAAACUCCAUGUUGAAGUGGAUGAAUUAGAUGCCAAGUCAAAGAAACCAGCAGAAAAGCUCGAAAGCGGGCGAUCCGUCGGCCGAGGCCUGCCUGAUGACUACACGGGAGGCGUUCACAGAGUUGUGGUCAUCGAGGACCUGGACCGAAAUCCUUGCUGCGGAACCCAUCUUCCCUCUCUCAACAACCUCCAGAUGUUUAUUUUCCCACACACAGAAGCGCUCUCGCGAUCGUCAACGACCGUGGCUCGCCUUUACUUCUUGGCUGGACCUCGGCUGUUGGUUCAUCUGAGCGCGACGAACAACUACAUAUCUUCGAUUUCCACGCUGCUUUCUUGCGGCCCUCCCCAAGCGCCCGAGAGAGUGUCGCAAGUUAUCGAUGAACGGAAAGCAGUCACUCGGCGGGUGGACGAUAUCGAGUCAGAGCUGGCCAAGUACAUCGCGGCCGGUGCAGUCAAUGAAAUGAAGAGUGCCGAGGGCCAGCUGUUCGUCAAACACAUACAUCGCACCGACGAUUCGGUGUCUGCUCUGGCAUUCUUGACGGCGAUCUGCGCAUCUUUCAGCGACGCGGCUUCUCAAUCAAGCGCUGCGCCCUCCUACGUCCUGGUUUUGUCCUCUUCUCCCAGUGGACCGGCAACCACGAAUGUGAAUGUCAUCGCUGUGUUGAGCUCAGACGACAAACUCACCAAGGUCGUCGGAGAUGCGCUCAAGAGCAAAAUGGGAGUCAAAGGCGGCGGAAAAGGACCCCGGUGGACGGGCAAGCACACGGGCGUCUGGAAGUCAGCCAAGGGGGACCAGAUAAUCGAGGAGAUUCUCAGCAGCACAACAGUGACUAUGUAGAUAAAUAAGUAGAAAUGGUCUUGCAUAACAGUACAGAUGCGUCGGAAUAGUAAUAAAUGCUAUGAUCUGGGAC